AUGUCGUCACGGCUGAAUCUCGCCCGCCGCCCGCAACCGUUACUCCCGCGGCUUCUCGCUGCAGCGGAAGGCACAGCAGGAGCGCUCAUAGGCGUGGUAAGAUUACCCUCUCGCCGCCUUCCUAUCCCGCCUCACUCGUCCUCCCGACUCACUCGUCCUCGCGCCAUCCGUCCCGACGCCGUCCCGUCGCCCGAAUUGUCGCCUCCAUCGACGUCGCCCUCGCUAUCUCCCGUCGCGGCCCUCCCCUCAGUUCGCGUCGCCACGCUAUCUCUCCCCUCCCCUCCCAUCGCCCUUCCUCUCCCGUCGCCUUUCCUCUCCCGUUGCCCUUCCUCCGUCGCUUUCCUCUCCCUUCGCCUUUCCUCUCCCGUUGCCCUUCCUCUCCCGUCGCUUUCCUCUCCUGCCGCCCUUCCUUCUCUCCCGCCGCCCUUCCUUCUCUCCCGUUGCCCUUCCUCUCCCGUCGCUUUCCUCUCCCGCCGCCCUUCUUUCUCUCCCGCCGCCCUUCCUUCUCUCCCGUCGCCCUUUGCUCCCGUCGCCUUUCUCUCCCGUUGCCCUUCCUACUCUCCCGUCGCCCUUCCUACUCUUCCGUCGCCCUUCCUACUCUCCCGUCGCCUUUCUCUCCCGUCGCCCUUCCUACUCUCCCGUCGCCCUUCCUCUCUCCUGUCGCCUAUUCUCUCUCCCGCCGCCCUUCCUUCUUCCCGCCGCCCUUCCUCUCUCCCGUCGCCCUUUCUUUCUCCCGUCUCCUAUCCUCUCUCCCGUCACCCGUCUUCUCUCCCGUCGCCCCUCCCCUCCCGUCUUCCUCUCUUCCGUCGCCCUUCAUCUCUCCCGCCCUAUCACCCACCUCGGCGUCUUCGCGCUCGCCCCGAAAUGCCUGCCCGUCGCCCCGUGAUCGUCGGCCCCUCUCGCUUUUCCCUCGCAGCGUUACUCUCCCCGUCACAUAUGCCCUCGCUUUUUUCGUCGCUCCUCGCGGCACCCUCAUCGCCGCCUUCCCAUCACCCUCGUUGCCCUCACUCUCCCCCCAUCACCCUUUCUCUCUCCCCUCACAUCACCCUCCUUGUCGCCGUCGCCCUCGCCUCAAAUCGCCCUUCCUCUCUCCCUUCGCAUCACCCAUGUCAUGCAGCCGUCGCAAUUUCCUCUCCCACCCACCAUCACCCACCCCAUCGCCUUUCCGCUCGCCACAAAACGCCUUCCCGUCCCCCACCCACUUUCUCCUCCCAUCGCCUGCCUCGUCGCCUUCCCUCUCUACCCUCCCAUCCCGUCGUUCCUCCUCUCUACCCUCCCAUCCCGUCUUUCUUCCUCUCUCCCCUCCCAUCACGUUGUUCCUCCUCUCUUCCCUCCUAUCCCGUCGUUCUUCCUCUCUCCCCUCCCAUCCCGUCGUUCCCCCUCUCUCCCCUUCUCUCCCGUCGGCCCCCUUGUCCCCAGUCCCUUCUCUUCGCCGUCGACCAAUCAACCGUCCCGACACCAUUCCUCUUUUCGUACAUCAUUCAUUUCUUUAUUUCUAUCUUCUUCGCCUGA